AUGAGAGAGAUCUCACAACAAAGUGCUGCAGAGGAAAGACAAAUGUCGGAGGCCACAUCCCCUCCGUCCCUCUGCCAGGCAAUCCACAACAGUCUCCAUCAUCUUGAGCGGCUCAGACAGCAGUUGGAGGAAGCUCAGUCGGCCGUGCGGGCGUUAGAUCGCUUCCUGGCCACAGUGCGAGAAGCUGAGGCCGAGAUCCCAACCCUGCUGGCAGUGAAGGACUCGGGCUGGCAGAGAACCGACGCAGAGCGGGAACGGGAGAGACAGUCCUGGCAGGCCGCUUUGCAGAGGUUGCAGGCUGCUGCAGAACAGUCUGAUGGUGCCGACAGUCGUUUGAAGGCGGUGGGGAUGACUGUGACUGUGGACGGUGAGACUGCGACAUGCCAGGAUGUGUUGAAGUGUGUGUCCAAGCACGUCGUGGAGAUGGACAAGAGGCUGAUGAUUGCCGAGAAGAAACAGAGCGAAGAAGUGAUAGUUCUUAAGGAAAUGGAUAAAAUACACAAAAAAGAAGAAUUACACCAAAUAAGGACUCUGCUUCACUCUUCACAGCAAGAUGUGACUCAGAGGAUUCUCCCGUCAAGUGCCACAGAUGAAGAGUUGAGAUCGGAGGCCAAAGGAAGCAUGUUGGAAGGAGAACAUGAUAUAAAACCUCCUGCAGAGGAAGAAGACAAACUUCAAACAUGGCCAGCCAAAGAGGAUGCCUUAAAAACCAGAGACCGGAGACAAGGGAGGGUCAGCCCGGUCAGGAAGGAGGCCGAGAGGAAGGUUUUGGUGAAGAAGAAAGCUGCCUUGUUAGCAGCACUGAGGGAGACGAAGGCGGCAGCCGAGAAGCUGCGGCUGCAGGAGCCAACUUUACCUGCACUGCAACAGAGGACUCGUGCCUUGACAGAGCUGGAGAGAGCUCUCGCUGGCCUCCUGUCGGAGGUCCAGUAUAUCCGAGGUGCUUCGUCACAAUCAGAACUACCUGAGGAGAGAGAAACAGCGGAGGUGGAGGAUCUGUGGGAAGAGACAAAAAAAGCCGUGACUGAACGGUUUGAUCAGUGCUGCGUCCUCACAGAGCUGCUCAGGAGCUUCCAGAGCCUCCGCGCUGAGCUGAGUGGGACCCUGCAGAGAGCUGAAAGCACCAUCGGCGAACAAGCCUCCUACAUGGGCAGAAACAACCUGCAGAGGCUUCACACCAAGGUUCAGGAAGCAAAGGGCGAGCUGAAUGGCCUCGGAGACGCCAUCGAGGCAGUCCGGAGUGUCUGCAGGCAGCUUCACUCUCACUUACGCCAAAUCCCUGAUUGCACCUCGGUCCCCUUUGAGAAUGAGGCAGACACUCUGAUGGAUCGCUGGCUGGAUCUAUCAGAAAGGACAGAUUCCCACCUGGAAAACCUACGUCUGGCUUUGACUUUGUGGGACGGGGUCCUUCAGCUGGGGACAGAGGUGGAGAGCUGGACAGACGAUAAACUCGCAGCUUUCACUCAGUGUCCCUCCUUUCGGGACGAGGAUGCCGUCAAGACUUUGCAGAGCGAGAUUGAGACCCAGGAGGAGAAUAUUCAGCGCUUCCACCGGAGAUCCACUGAGAUUCAGCUGCUGCUUCAAAGCUCUGAGUUUCCUCUGGAGCUGCAGGUGGUGGAGACGCAGAUCAGGAAGAAGAUGGAGCAGCUGAAGGAGCUGGUUUCUGAAGCAGAGGAUGUUUACAGGCAGAUGGUGGCCACCAAAGAACAAAUGAGUGGAAGGAUAGAAGAGUGUCUCAGCAGCCUCCAGCAGGUCCAGGACUCCCUCCGCUGUCUGACAGGCCCUGAUGUCGUCACGAUCCUUACAAAACUUAAGGAGCUUUGCUGGCAGCUCCACAGCCAGGACGAGCAGGCGGAGAGUCUGAUGGAGGAUGUGCGUGUCAUGGCCUCCAUAGCCGGCGCAGAUAGCCUUCGCAGCCUGGCUGAGAGCGGCGCUCUGCUGCAGGAGCAAGUCAGAAAGACCCAGCGGCUCUUCUCUGAAGUGGAAGAACAGACUGACAGGAACAUCCAGGACCUCGACAGGCUGCAAGUGGAGAACGAGGGUCUGGAACAGUGGCUGCGUGCUGCUGAGGAAAAAGCAGCAAAGGGGGGAGAUCUUCAUCUCCUGAAAGAAGAAACGCUUCAGCAAAGUGUGAGGACCGAGCUUCUUAAUCAGCACAAGACGUCUUUACAAAGCAGCAACCUUCAGCAGGUGGCACUGCUCGAGGAGAGCGACCGACUGCUGAAGCGAUAUCUCAGCUUCCACGCUCGCAUGCUCGGCGACUCACAAGAGACGGGGCGGUCUCUGAACAGGGACCUUGACGCGUUUUCAACUUUGUCGACGUCGAUUCGGUCGCGGGUCAAGCAGCUGAGGCAGAUCGCUGAAGCUUCACUGGCUGGAAGCCUCCUGACUCCUGUGGAGCAGAAGCUUCACUCUGCACAAGCUGUGCUCGAUGCCACGGCCGAGGUGGGGGCUCGCCUGGAUGAGCUCAGGGUCGCCGGAGCCGGUCUGAGCCACAGACUGCCGAAUGGAGAUGAGCUGAAGGAAGAAGUGGAGGAGACCGUUCAGAAAGCAGAGCAGCAGUGGACGGACCUGUUGGAGUCAACGGAGCCUUAUUACGCGGUGCUUAAAGCUGAACCAGAACUCGCUUCUUUCUUCCUGAACCAAAGACGGGAGGCUUGCAGACGAGUGGAAGAGCUGCAGCGCCAAACGGAGAAUCUUGCUGCUCUGCUAUCCCGGCGUGCCACCGCUGAGCGCACACAAGCCCACCAACUUUCCCAAAAACUGCUGGAGGAAUGCGAUUCUGUUCAGUUAACCCUAAAGAGUCUGGCUGAACGGAGGAGUGAACUGGCCGAGCGGACCUGCAGCAGCAUCUGGCAGGACUCCUCCUGGGCUGGGCUGGACGUCCGAGGGUCAGCAGUGAUGGCAGAGCUACAGGGUGUGUGCUCUCGCCUCGAGGAAGGUGUGAGCAGCGAGGAUCAGUUUGGCCGGUUGCUGCAGGACUGCCAGCACAAACUGUCAUCCCUGCAGGAGAGGAUGUCGCUCUGUCAAACACUGAAGGAGAGCUCAGCUGGACCAAACACUGCUGUGUCUCCUCUGGAGGUCAGCUUCGUUAAAUGA